UCGAUCCGUCAGCCGUAUUUCGUGUGAUCUGUCCGAUUUAUUGUGGCUAUAGUGUGAUGGAUGUGAAUUGAACUAUGGAGGAGGAGUCGAUGUCAGGGCACAGCUGUUCUGAAGACGACAUCAGUGUGGGGCGACCGUCGCCAGCACCCUCGAGGUCGCAAUCGCCUCAAGACUACUUCAGACCUUUGAAGCGACUGAAGAUGGCUUCGGAGCCGGUAGAAGAUAGACGAGGAGACGGCGUGAAGAGUUUCUCUAUACUGGACAUUUUAUCUCACAGUCCCCGAACUCCACCGAGAAUCGUUCGUCCUUGGGACGCGUCGGGUUUUGAAAGACUUCAGCGAUUACAGCGAUUAGCUGGUGCUGCAUUGUUAGACGGAGAGCGAUGGAGACUUGCUGCGUUAGGUCUCCUCAGGCCGAGGGAGAUGGCACCAGCAGAAUGCUGUGAUUCAGCAUCUGAGAGAUCCUCCUCAGCGUCAGAUUGCUGCUCGGAGCCGCGAAGAGUAUCUCAGCCAGGCUCCACCGCACCACAUACGCCUUUGGACGCGCUUUUCCACAUGACCAGUAAAACCUUCGAAGCAAAUAAUGCUGACAAUGGAGAUAGUCAGUCAAGUCACCUCAAUCUCUUCAAUUCCCGACCACAGCCGAAGAAGAAGCGAAAGUCCAGAACAGCGUUCACGAACCACCAAAUAUUUGAGCUGGAGAAACGAUUCCUUUAUCAGAAGUACUUGUCGCCAGCCGAUAGAGAUGAGAUUGCAAGCUCUCUUGGGCUAUCCAACGCUCAGGUCAUAACAUGGUUCCAAAAUCGACGCGCGAAACUGAAAAGGGACAUGGAGGAAUUAAAAAAGGAUGUGGAAAGUGCGAAGGUGCUUUCAGCUCAUAAGAGUUUUCUUGAGAAUGUAACAGACUUGGGUAUUCUGAAGAAGAAAGCCAUGAGUAUAGGCGCAAGCGAGGAAGCUGCUACUAACUUAGUAGUGAGCGCUUCUAAAUGAAACGAGGCGGCGCGGUCUAUCGCGCCAAGCGUCUCAUACGAUAGACGUUUUGAGUUCUAAAGUGACUUUUGCUAAAGUGACAGUGCUUUCAUGAGACUUAUAAACCGGUGUUACGUUACGGCUCCAUCUAUGUUUUAUUCCAGCAGUUAAUCAUGUCCGACACGCAAAUGUUAGCGCAGUUAUUGGGAAAAUUUCCCAUCCCACUUCUGAUGUUAUUCAAUUUGGAGGAUAAAAUUAUUAUUUUUUAUUUAAUUAUCUAUAUUAUUAAUAGAUACUAUUAAUGGCGUACGUUAUAAUAUACUUGGAUAAAGUCUUGAUUGCGUAAAAUAAAAAAUCAAAAGAGUUCUAUACAUAAGAGUUCUAUAUAUUCACGGUUAAAUAAAAAAAAAUCUUUGAUUGAAUUUGAUGAAGUCAGUAGGAUAAAAAGAGGUUUCUGUUAUAUUAUUAAUUUUAAAAUGCGGUAAUAAAUAAAAUACAAUAUCAAAUCUGAAUAUACUUAGUAGCAGAUAAAGUUUAGACUUUACCAAUACAGAUAACUGAUUAAUGGCGGACUUAAAAAAUAGUAGGUACCAUGUUAAAAGCAUAUGGCGCCGUAGUUUUAGUUUUUAAUUCAUUAAAUCUGUAAAUAAUUAGAUGGUUGUACAAAUAAACAUAUUUAUAAAUGUGAUAGUUGAUUAUUAGUACUUAAUAUUAUUAGAGAUAAAUUAUUAUUUAUUAUUGAAUCCAGCUUUUGAAUCUGUAGAUGGAAUAUAGUUUUAAGAUAAAUAUUCCAAUAUCUGUUUAUGAUAUUAGAAAUAACAUUACUGAGGCCUAUCUCAGAUUUGAGAAUUCUAAGGCUGGGUUGCAUUUUAGCUGUUGUAGUUAAGGUUUAAGUCGAAUUCAGAAACGCUGGCUUUAAAAUAGUCUGCGGAAUGUGUUGCACCAUCGUAUUCCUUGGCAUAGUUAAAAUUUUAAAGUAAAAUAUCAAGUCAAUAUCGAAUAUUUAUUUGAUACUUUGGACAGGUCGCUAUCUAGCUGUUGAACAUUAACAAUAGAUUGGACGGUUACGGUUAACAGUUAAUAUAAUGACGUCAUCUAAAAAUUGUCAAAUAGUGCAACACAUUUUUUUGCUUAGCCGGUACUUUAACAUGUAUGUUAUUGCUAAAGUAAUUUGGUGCCACCCAGCCUAAAGGUGUCUGUCGCUUUAACGCGGGUAGGCUGUCAAUCAGUAUGACAAAGACUAAAGUAAAUUACUCACAAAUCCAGGUUUCCUACUACAUAUUUCAAAACAUAACUUUUGAAAACCGAAUGAGAAAGAAAUUUGCUGAAUUAGACUCUUUGAUCUGUAUACCUACAUGGCUUUUGUGUAUUUGAUGAAGCCUUUUUAAGUAAUCUUACACUAAAAAAAAACAGAAAAAUAUUUCAAUGUUAAUAAACAAAAUCUAUAGAAAAAAAUACAGAUAAUAUUUCUAUUGAUCUUAUUUGAAAAGAUAUUGAUGUAGGAUUGAAAAUUAAUGGCCUAAGCACAUGGUCGGAUUUGGUACGGACUGACAAUCGGAUCGUCCGGUCUUGCGCCAAUUGGGCCGGCGUCGUACUCGGUACAGUCCGGACAGUAAUAAUGUUAGACAGUUGAAAUUUUUACAGAUUAUGUAUUUCUGUUGCGACUUUAACAAUAAAUAUGAAAAACAGAUAAAAAUUAAUAUUUAAUUUCGCUCCCAUAAGGGAAAUGUGAUUUUUUGCCAUUUUAAAUAGAAAAUUGUACGGAAGCCUUCAUACUCGGUACAGUCCGGACAGUAAUAAUAAUAAUUUUGUGCGAUAGACAAUGCGGCAUACCAUCGAAUAUGAUCAGACCGCGUCUAACGGUUCGGUCGGACCAAAUCUGAUCAUGUGUUUAGACUAUAAAGAGAAAACAGUCGUGAACUGACAUGACCGCAAAUAUAUCCUGUUAAGUUUUAACAGUAAUUUUAAUAUGAUUAAUAAAUUUAAUGGAAGUUAACAAUUUUUAUUAGUUCCUUUCUACAUUUAAAAACCAGUGCAAUUACAAUUACGUUAAUUUAAAUAAAUAAAUAAAAAAUUACAUACAAUUAAUGUCAGUAUUAUUUUGAAGUUACAAUUUAUUUAGCUUUUUUGUACAUACAACUACCUGAUUUUAAUAGUAUAGUUACAAAGUAGUUAAAUGUUGAUUUAAUAAUUUGUUGAAAAUAUUAAUAUUAUCUUCGUGAAUUUUAAGUUCAUGUGCCUAUUGUACUUACUAGAAAAUAUAACGGUUAAAAUAACUAUUGUAUCUUAUCUUAAUAUAUAUAAAUCCAGUGUCCUGAUGUUUGUUUCCAGUGAACUCUUAAACUAAUGAACGGAUUUUAAUGGGGAUUACUUCAUGGAGUGCAGUUUAGUCCAACUUGAGAGAUAGGAUAGUUUUUAUUUCAAUUUGGGACCCAUAAUUAUUUUUAUUUCCUUUUAUAAUUAUUGUUUUGUAUGGACAUAUUUUCCAUGAGAGAAUAAUUUAUUGACGCACGGUUUGACAGUUCUGCUGUGAAACAAUUUCAUUAUAACAACAGGGAGUAUAUUCUACGAAAUAAUUCUUGAUACUAUGAAAUAUUAUUGACAAAAUUAUACAAAACAGUGUUUUAUUUAUUAUGUACAGAACAAAGUCUGUCGGGUCAGCUAGUUAUAACAUAUAAAUAAUGACAUUGAUACUUAAAAUCAUUAUUACGAGUAAACCGAAUGAUUUGGUCACAUAUUCCAUGAUAGAUUUUCUUUUAUUUUACAAUAACUGACUUUCUAAUCUUAUACGUCUAGAUAGAGUCUCUCGUGGGUUUAGACAACCGAUGAAAACAGGCCAGGCUUAAUACUUUAGUGUGUGUGACAAGCUACGUCUUACACUCGCGAUUUGUAUGACUCUUUGUGUUAGUUUAUGCAUUGCUCAUUUUUUUUCAACUUAACUCAAGUUAAAGGACUUAAACUUAAUUUGACAGUUAAAGCUGUCAUAGUCUAUCUAGACGUUGGUCUAAGCUUCAAAUUUAAGUUUUUAUUUACGCUUAUCGUAAAGCCCAUCUAAUUUUAAAUUUCGGAAAUUUCAUUUCUAUUAUCAGAUCUAUUUAACUUAGAUUAUUUAUACGUCUAUAUAGAGCAUCUUGCUGUUAGGCAACGCAUGACAACAGGUCAGUUUUAUAACUUUAGUGUGCGUAACUUGAUACGUAUUACAUUUUUACGUCACUUUGUUUUAGUAUGAGUGAUAUAUUACAAAUAGAGGUUAACAGUUCGCCGCUAUUUUAUUCGAUGGGUUCAUAGCUAUCACAUGCUAUCUAGACGUAUAAAUUAUCUAAGCUAUGAAUAAGUAGAAAUUCGUUCAAAUUUAGUUUACGUUAAUAUAUUGUGUCAAUCAUAGAUCCGUGAAUUAUCUUGAAAUGUACAAGUAUAAUAAUUUUUAUUGCUGGCAAUAUAAUAUAUGUAGAGGUAAAUGAUUAAAAUUUUAAAUAAAUUUGGGCAAUAUUGUAACAUUACUUGUGCAAUAACUGUUUAGUGCCACAUGACAGAUAUGUGUUGUAAAUAUUAUAUAAGUAAGAAUAUAAUAAUAAGAAGUAUAUAUACCUAUAUUGAUAGUUUUAUUGCAAAUAUUUUUUGAUUAUUUAAUUAACUUUCAGAUAAAUACUUCUAUGACCCGAAACUUACAAAUACACUUAGUUUGUGUUUCUUGAUACAUUUUUUUAAUAUAUCUAAUAUAUAAAAUUCUCAUGUCGCGAUGUUUGUAGUUAAACUCCUUCGAAACGGCUUGAUUGAUUCUCAUGAAACUUUGAGUGCAUAUUGGAUAGGUCUGAGAAUCGGACAACAUCUAUUUUUCAUCCCCCUAAAUGUUAAGGGUGGUCCACACGUUUUUUUUAUUUUUUUUGACAUUUUUUUUAAAUUUGUUUAAUUGUAUGAUUGAUGAAAUACAUACAACUUCAAUUUUUCACCCAUCUACGAUCAACAGUUACUUUAGUAUCGCGAUUUUAAUAUCGGCAAUCCAACGUUUGCUGGGUCAGCUAGUUAUUAUAUAAAUAUUUAAAUGCAAUGUAACUCUAGUUUAAGUCUUAUAUAAAGGGGUAUUGUCAAAUUCUCAUUUUAUGUAAUUUCAAAAUAAGUAUAAAAUAAUUCGUGAAAUGAAAAUGAAAAAGCAUAAUCUUUGAAUUUAUGUAAAAAGGACGAUAUUGUGCUUUAAAAUAAUAAGAAAAAAUAAAAUUCACCAAGCUUGUUACAAAAGUUGUAAACAAAAGUUGCUUCCUGUCAAAAUACGUCCCAAUUGGUACACUUUCGAGUCACGGUGCGCGUGUUAUAGAAUUAAUAUUAUCUCAUCGUUUUAAACAUCUAUCUAAUAAAUUUCCUAUUACAAGUCAGGUUACCUUUUCUCAUCCUAAAAUAUUAGAUUUUUUUAAUAUUUGCUCACAUUUCAUACAUUUAAUAUCUUAAAAUACUUCCGACUGUUUUAUAAUCACAACACAAUAACAAUUGUCGGUAGUAAGAAAAAUAAGAGAAUCACAAUUUCAAAAGCUGUCGAAAUCUGUAAAAACGCUAAUAUUGAAAUCAAAAUAAUAGUAAAAAGUACAAUUGGCAUAGUUUUGGCAUACCCUUUAACUACAAUAAGAACAGUGUAUGAAAAUGACAUAAAAUUAAAAAGCUGAUGUUAUGUUUCGUCAUUAUCAUUCCCGUUCAUCAAUAUGAUAAUAUAUUUUAAAUCUUAAAUAAUUUAUACGUCCAGAUAUCCUGUGAACAAUGUGUGUCGAAAAAAAUAUCGGCGAACUGUUAAGGCGACACUAAAUGCCAGCGACCUUGAGCGAAAUUAGUUCACGGCUGCCGGCCCGCCAUCUAUGUAACAAAGCCAAUAUUUUUAAUAUUCUUGUGUGGAAAACAGUUUAUAUGCUUCAAUCCUCGUUAUUCACUACUAAUCUGAAUAAAUGAACCUACACAAAAAAGUACAAGCUAUAAGAAUAACUUUUCUGAGAGAAAUACCAAAAAAAUGCGUCACGUCAUGCCAAAAAACUUGUUUAACUUCAAAGGAAAUAGUAGUUCAAAAAGGCUCGGCAGUGUUAACUAUAACCAACAGCAAGCCAUUAGCAACCUACAAAUAAGACUUAAGGAUAUGUGUAACAGGAUUAAGUAGUGUUCAUAGCUCGAAAUGCUAUACUUUCACCACAAAACUUGUCUUAAACCAUGUUUGCGUGUUUUCUGCUUACUCUUCGCCUUAACCUCAUUUUCAGCA